UUGAACGCCCUAUAGAGGUAUUUGUUUACUCUUUUUCCAUUUCUCAUUUUUGUAUUUUGUUGCACAUUGAAAUACUGCUCUUAGAGCAUCUGGAUACCUAACGUUGAAAUACAUUUUGGUUGAGGAAAAAACGCAUUCUUGGAUUCCCUCACUCAUUCAGACUUAUCGUCAUAAAUUAGCGAUGUUGAAAGUUGUAUUUUUUAUUUACCUCGCUGCAGUGGCACAUUCUCGGUCUUUGAGGAAGAGACAAACUUUAUGUCCAGAAGUGUGCGAUGUGUCCCGCUGUCCCCCGCUUCCAGGGUCAUGCUACUACGGUGCUGUGAAGGAUUAUUGCGGUUGCUGCAUAGUGUGUGGUGCUGGAGAAGGAGCCAUCUGCGGGGAUGGAGGCCAUGGCAUUUGCGGCAAUGGAAUGACUUGUGUAAACUCAUCUGGAAAGCGCAAAUCUCGUGGUUUCUGCGUGUGCAACAACUCAGAGUCAGUGUGCGGUAGCGAUGGGAGAACUUAUCCAAGCCUCUGCAGUUUAAGAGCCGAAAACCGACGAGCUGAUCUCAAGGAUAUCCCGUCAGUGAUUUUGAUUCAGAAGGGGCCUUGUGAAACAGGUUCCCAGGAUCCAAGCAGCAUGCGCUACAAGUUCAACUUCAUUGCAGAUGUGGUGGAUAAGAUUGCCCCUGCAGUGGUCCAUCUCGAGCUUUUCCGAAGGAUGCCAUACUCCAAUCAGGAGGUGCCUGUGUCAAGUGGCUCUGGGUUCAUGGUUUCCGAAGAUGGUUGGAUAGUGACCAAUGCCCACGUGUUGUCAAACAAGCAGCGCAUUAAGGUUGAGCUCCAAAAUGGCGCCCAGUAUGAUGCAAUGGUUAAGGAUGUGGACCCAAAAAUAGACAUUGCCCUUAUUAAAAUAGAGUCCGAGAGCCCUCUGCCCGUGCUUAUGUUGGGCCACUCAUCGGACAUUCGACCGGGGGAGUUUGUGGUGGCCGUGGGCAGCCCGUUCUCGCUGCAAAACACCGUAACCACCGGCAUCAUCAGCACCACACAGCGUGGCGGACAUGAACUUGGCCUCAAGGACUCCGACAUGGAAUACAUUCAGACCGACGCUAUUAUAAAUUACGGCAACUCUGGAGGACCACUUGUUAACCUAGAUGGCGAUGUCAUCGGCAUAAACACUUUAAAGGUCACAGCUGGAAUUUCAUUUGCUAUCCCCUCCGAUAGAAUACGACAGUUCCUUACGGAGUCUUACGACAGGCAAAGAAGAGGAAAGACAAUGCCAAAGAAGAGAUACAUGGGAGUACGGAUGCUUCAGUUAUCGUCUUCUUUGAUCAGGGAACUAAAGGAGCGUGAUAAAGAUUUCCAAAAUGUGACAUCUGGGGUCUAUGUGUACGAGGUCAUCCCAGGGACAGCUGCCGACAGUGCUGGCCUCAAGAACCACGAUGUGAUCACCACCAUCAAUGGUCAGCCUGUACACAGCACAGAUGAUGUGAUUGACGCCGUGCAGUCAGGGCAGCCUCUGUCCAUGGUAGUGCUUCGUGAAAACAGAGAUGUCAUCUUAACUGUAGUACCUGAGAAAGUAGAAUAAAUGCCACUGCAUUACUAACCAGCAGCUGUGUAGUAUACAUGUAUAUGAGUUCGAUUUUUGUAUAUGUGAUGCAAUCUGGGAAAACCCUUUACAUGGUGCAAUUCUACCAACUUAUGAUUCUGAUACCAUCCAGCAACAUCCAGGAUUUUGCUAGGGGAGUGUCCAGAACAUUGCUAGGAUGGUAUCAGAAUCUUAAAGGAGAAGUUCAGUGUGAU